UGUCAAUGAGAUUUUAAUUUUUUGACAUCUGUCAAAUAAUAAAAGCAGUGACUCACAAUCUCAAGUGUUAUUGAUUAAAAGUGCAAAUAAAAUAACAAUUAUUACUUUCCGAUUAACAAUACGAUAUUUUAUUUGAUGUUUUAGAAGAGAUUAAUAAACAAUAAAAUAUGGAUAGUUUUUCGUACCAAAACGGGGGGCAGAACAGAGAGCAGGAUUUCCAAAAGUUGGCUCAAACCAUUGGCACUAGCAUACAGAAAAUAUCGCAAAAUGUUUCGUCAAUGCAACGCAUGGUAAACCAGAUAGGCACUCACCAAGACUCACCUGAUUUGAGAAAACAGCUCCAUUCCAUUCAGCACUACACCCAACAGCUUGUAAAGGACACCAAUGGUUACAUUAAGGACCUUAACGCCAUAUCCCCGUCCCAAUCCCAGUCUGAGCAACGGCAGCGUAAAAUGCAAAGAGAACGUCUUCAGGAUGAGUUUACUUCAACCCUGAACAUGUUCCAAGCUGCUCAGAGAAGCACAGCGCAGAAGGAAAAAGAACAAGUCAAUAAAGCCAAAGCCCAAGCUUAUGGCGAACCAUUCCUCAGUAGCUAUAAAAAAGACGAACAAUUGAUCGAGUUACAAGACAGUAGUGCGGCAAAAGAGCAGGUGCAACUUCAAGAAGAAUCAGAGUUACGAGCCCUCCAAGAGCAGGAACAGUCCAUUAGACAGUUAGAAAGUGAUAUUAACGAUGUCAAUCAAAUUUUCAAAGAGUUGGGUGCUCUUGUCCACGAACAAGGCGAAGUUAUCGACAGCAUUGAAGCAAAUGUGGAGAGAACUAGCGAUUUUGUGAGAGAAGGUGCCCAGCAGUUACACCAGGCUAGCACUUACAAAAAUAAAAUUAGGAGAAAGAAGAUGAUUCUUGGUAUUAUUGGUGCUGUUAUCUUAACUAUCAUUAUUAUAAUUAUUAUUUGGAAAACUAGUUAAUUGCAAAUGGUAUUGGAUCUAUCACGAAAUGUAUAUUAUAUGUAUAUCUAAAUGUACUAAAUCCAGCUGUACGAAGUCUAUUUUUGCUGUACAUUUUUACCACAGUUUAAAUUCAGUGCCAAGGUCAUUCUAUUUAAACUGUUACGAUAUUAACUCAUUUAUUUAUUAUUUAGAUUGUAACGAUUUUACUUUAUUGUUGCAGAAACUUUCAAGCUAUUUUAUAAUCUCCAAAUUUUUAUCAUGUUUUUAAUUAAAUUUUUGAUCAGUGGCCCCUUAGUAUAGCCAACUUAUCUGAAACUUACAAGCCGCUUUGAUCAUAAAUUUAAUUUAAUGCGUUAUAUUUUACAAACUUUAGGCAUUUUUGUACAUUUAUUGUUUGUUUUUACUCUUGUUACACAGUAGGUUCAUAUUUUAGGUACUAUUGUAUUUGAAGAAGGCUUAAUUGUUUUAUUAUUUCUGAUUAUUAUAAAUGCAUCUGAUGCUUUAACUUUAGUAUAGACAAACAUAGAAAUUAUCUAUUCCACCAAACUUGUACCAUUAUUGUAUUAAAUAAAAGUUGUUACUUAAAA